AGAGGAGGCACUGGCCAGUGCCACGGUCGCCGGUAUCGGAUACGAACGUGUUGACCAGCAGCUGUGGUUGCGCAAUAUCUGGUGCAUGACCUCCGGCCACUGUUAACCGGAAAAGGACCUCACCAACUCGGACGUGAAGGCUGGGCGGAACUGAAGUAUUCUUUUGUGCGGAGCUCUCCGGCAAGCACCACCGUUGUCAGAAUGGCAGCAGCAUCGGUGAAGCAGGACAAUGGCAUCGUCGUCCCCAAGGAGGAAAUGCGGGCCUUCAUUGUCCGCUGCAUGCGCAAGGUCGGCACUGACGACGCCCACGCUCAGGCCUUGGCCGAGGUCCUCGUGGCCGGUGACUACAGGGGACACUUCAGCCACGGAAUGAAUCGGCUGCAGAUGUAUGUGACUGAUAUCGAGAAGGGUGUCUGUGAGCCUUCUGGCAAGCCUGUGGUCAUCAACGAGCUAGGUGCCACUGCGCUUGUCGACGGCAAGAACCUUCUCGGUCCCGUCGUAGGCAAAUUCUGCAUGGAGUUGGCGAUACAGAAGGCACAGCAGGCGGGCAUUGGAUGGGUCGUGGCAAAAGGUUCCAAUCACUAUGGCAUUGCGGGUUACUAUAGUAUGAUGGCAUCUUCAAGAGGCAUGAUUGGCAUGUCGUGCACCAACGCAUCUCCACUGGUGGCGCCGUCUGGCGGAAGGAAGAAAUUUCUAGGAACCAAUCCACUCAGUGUGGCAGCUCCUGGGAAGGACGGUGACUCGUUUGUCCUCGACAUGGCGACAUCAGCAGUUGCAUUAGGAAAGGUGGAAAUGCAGCACAGGAAAGGAGAGGCCAUUCCGUCCGGUUGGGGCAUCAAUGGAAGUGGGGAGGUAACAAACAAGCCCGAGGAAGUAAUGGGUGACGGUGCGUUGCUGCCGCUUGGUGGAACGAUUGAAACGAGUGGGUACAAGGGCUAUGGCCUGGCCAUGAUGGUUGACCUGUUUUGUGGCAUUCUGAGCGGUGCUCACUAUGGCAACAACAUCCGAUCCUGGCUCAAUGUGAAAGACCCUGCAGACUUGGGCCAGUGCUUUGUGGCCAUCAACCCAGCAGCAUUUGCCCCCGGCUUUGAAGACCGGAUGCAAGACUUGAUGAACAUAGCACGGUCGCAGGAACCGGCGACGCCAGGUGUUCCGGUCCUGGUUCCCGGAGACCCAGAGAGGCAGCACAUGGCCAAAUGUGAUGCUCAGGGUGGAAUUCGCUACCACGUCAACCAGAUACAGUUUGCGGAUGAUGUUGCCAAAAAGCUUGGUGUCGAUCCACCAAAAAGGAAGUGAAGGCAAGGGUCAUUUUGGUGACUGAGCAAGAUGACGGUGAAACAUAAUUCCAUAAGUCAUAUACAUGUUGUUCAAAGCGUGGGAGGUCGCUGUACCCCUAUUGACCUGUCCUGCUGUCCAGACAGACCAUGCCAGCCACGGCAGCUGCGUCCAGCCCUAGAACACUGCCCACGGAAUGCGCCACCAACUACAUACACAUAUACUCGUCAUCCAAUUCUUCUCUGCUGUCUCCCCCAGGUGGCAUUCUCAUAGAAGUAAAAUAAAUGUUUAAUAAAAUU